GGAGCGGGGUUGGCCAACUGAAAGCGACUCACCGAGUCGGGGCUGACCACUGGAGUUGGUCCUGAAAAUGGAGGCUGUUAUCGAGAAGGAAUGCAGCGCGCUCGGAGGACUCUUCCAAACUGUUAUCGGAGACAUGAAAAGCAGUUACCCCAUUUGGGAGGACUUUAUCACCAAGGCUGGCAAACUGCAGUCGCAGCUCAGGGCGACUGUAGGUUCUGUGGCUGCCUUCCUGGAUGCAUUUCAGAAAGUGGCCGACCUGGCUACCAACUCACGAGGUGGAACCAGAGACAUUGGAUCAGCGUUGACCAGGAUGUGUAUGAGACAUCGCAGCAUAGAGGCUAAACUAAAACAGUUCUCCAUGGCCUUCCUCGAGGGUCUGAUCAACCCUUUACAAGAACAGAUGGAGGAGUGGAAAAGAGGAGUCAACACUUUGGACAAGGACCAUGCAAAAGAGUAUAAAAGAGCCCGACAGGAAAUAAAGAAGAAGUCCUCAGAUACGCUGAAACUUCAGAAGAAAGCAAAGAAAGCUGAUAAUCUAGGUCGAGGUGAUAUCCAACCCCAGCUUGACAGCGCCAUGCAGGAUGUCAGUGAUAAAUACAUCCUGCUGGAAGAGACAGAGAAACAGGCCCUGAGGAAGGCUCUUAUAGAGGACAGGCAGAGAUUCUGUUGUUUUGUAGCCAUGCUGCAGCCUGUAGUGGAUGAGGAGAUUUCUAUGUUAGGAGAGGUCACACACCUCCAGGCCAUCUCUGAUGACCUCAAAGCCUUGACUUCUGACCCUCACAAGCUUCCCCCUGCUAGUGAACAGGUGAUCAUGGACCUAAAGGGCUCAGACUAUGGUUGGUCUUAUCAAACACCACCUUCAUCUCCCAGCACCACCAUGUCUAGGAAGUCCAGCAUGUGCAGUAGUCUGAACAGCGUUAACAGUAGUGACUCCAGGGGAUCCAGUGGCUCCCACUCUCAUUCUCCUUCCUCCUCUUCUUCCUCCUCUUCCUCACACCACCUCUUCCACCACCAUCACCCCCGCCAUCGUUACCGCAGCUCCACGUUACCCCAGCAGACCCCAGCUCGACUCUCGAGCAUUUCCUCCCAUGACUCGGGCUUCAUUUCUUCAUCGCAGGACCAAUACACAUCGUCUAAAUCAUCAUCACCUAUGCCAGGUGAAACAAAGCUGUCCAAUGGUUUUGAACACUACAGUCCAGCAAGCUCCCCUUACCAUCAUAGCAAUGGGGGGAGUUUGGGCUCAGGGUCAGGCACCGCCUUCCCUUUCUUCCCUCCUUCCUCUUCAUCUUCCACCUCCACUUCCUGCCCCACCCGCUCAUGGUCUCGUCCCGCCUCAGCCUUAUUGCCUGACUACCCUAACUACUACACGAUGGGCACCCCCAUGAUACCUUCAUCACGGGUCCCUAGCUGGAAGGACUGGGCUAAACCAGGCCCCUAUGAUCAGCCAAUGGUUAACACACUUAGGAGGAAGAAAGACAAAGACAGCCCAGCUGUUGUAGACAGUAAUGGUAGUGUGAGUAAUGGUAGCAUUCCUGGGUCGGCUUCGACCACAGCUCCAGCCUCAGCACCAGCACCAUCAUCUGCACCAGUGGAGGAGAAGACCAGCAUGGCUGCACCUCUCAAGGCCGGGGAUAUCGAGGCACAUGAGGAACUGGCUCUGGCUUUAUCUAGAGGUCUUGAGCUGGACACACAGAGGUCCAGUAGAGACUCCAUCCAGUGUUCAAGUGGGUACAGCACACAGACCAACACACCCUGCUGCUCUGAGGACACAAUACCCUCACAAGUAUCAGACUAUGACUAUUUCUCCAUGGCCGGGGAUCAGGAACCUGAGCAGGAGCCGUCUGACUUCGACAAAUCCUCUACCAUCCCUAGAAACAGUGACAUCAGUCAGUCCUACAGACUCAUGUUCCAGAGUAAACGGCCAGCCUCUACAGCGGGCCUGCCCAGCAUGCACGCUCCUUACCCUGGACAGGGUGCUUACCCUGCAGGGCCGUAUCCCUCAACGCCAAUCCACACUGGGCCUUAUCCUACUACUCCUACAGGCUCAAGUUCAGGUCAGGCAUUUUAUUCUGGCUCCCAUAAUGCCCCUGGCUCCUAUUCUUCAGGCCACGGCCCAGUUAUUGUCACCCCUGGGGUUGCAACAAUCCGUCGCACCCCUUCUUCAAAACCCUCCGCCCGCCGUUCAAGCUCAGUUGUAGGCACUGGUCCCAUCCCUAUCCGUACUCCUGUCAUCCCAGUAAAAAUCCCCACAGUGCCUGACACACAGGGAGCUGUAAAUGGGAGCAGGAGUGUAGAGGAGACCGGAGGAGGUGGAAAUGAAAGCCCAGAUUCUCCAACAUUUGCAGGGGGCGGGGAUACUGGCGCACUGCCUGUGAUGUCCUGGAGCGGCCAGGCUACGACUAAUCCUCCAGCAGUACCCCAGUCCAACCAGCUGCCCCUGCAGAGUGAAGCCGGGCAGAAGGGAGGAGGAGAGGAUGGAGGGGAAGGGUCUGAGGGUGACAUGCUGGUAGCCAUUCGCAAGGGGGUCAAGCUCAAGCGGACCCUCACCAAUGACCGCUCAGCACCUCGUAUCCCAUGAUUAUAUGACACAAAAAACAGAAGCUUGUGUCAUAAAGGAGAGGCCAUCCCUUUGUAAAGGCUCUAGUAAGGAAAAGAAUUGUGAUGUACAGAAUCAAAAGGCUCUUAUGCUGGAAUGAGAAAUUAAACACAUGGAUCAUUUCUAUUCUGUUCAAAUUCGCCAUCUUCAGUAACUCAAAACACAAGUUUAUACAGAAAAUCUGUUGGUCAGGUUUGGUUUUUCGGGGUUUUAAUGCCUUAGGAAGUAUGUAAAGCCAAGGUGUUAAUGUAUAGGUUUGAACCUUAAGUGGAUCAAGAGCCUGAGCAUUUUCCAAAGUCUUAGCACUAACAUGGUUUUGUAAAUCCAGUCCCCACAGCAGUGUAAUGAAAAACAAAAGGAUGGUUUUAGUAGUCACUUAACCAGAAGGACUGAGCAGCAUUACACCUGAGGAAAGGAAAGACGACUUCCCUCAUGUGGUUCCAGUAUUUUCCCUGAAGCAGAGGGUUGAGCAGUGUGCAUGCCUCUUCUCAGUGUAAAUAAACACUGUAUCAUAUGUAAACACUCAUUGUUUAGGGAGUGUAGUGUACCAUCGUGGGACAGAUAAGCAUUCCAUCUGCCAAGUGGCAUUGGCAGAAGGAGUGCAACCAGAAAUUCAAGAACCACUCAGCAGCAAGAGAGCAAUAAUCAGAUGGACAAGAAGAAGAUGGCUCCAGUGACUUGCAUCCCUGGAGGAGGACCUCCUUCUCUAAGAGGCAACACGAAGGCUUCAGGAGGGUGCAGUGUUGUCAAAGCUAUUUUAUACUCACAAAUGAUGAGAUGUGAGAUUUCCACAGAGUCAGUAUUGGGAGGUGUGACUAACACAGAGAGCUCAAAGACUUUGUAUUGAAGUCAAGAGUUGUACAGAAUGACUCAAGUGUUACUGUCUUGUAGCAGUGACAUUCAGAGACACUUAAAUUUGCAUCCUGUUUUGUUUAAGUUGUUUUAUUAUUUACAUUUGUAAAUAAUUUUGCAUGUUGAGGAGUUUGUUGGUGCUUCUCAAGUCUGUGUCUUUGCUGUUUAUGUUUCGUUUCCUCCACAGUGCCACAGUCAAAGCUUAACAUCUUUCAAAAGGAUUUUAGAGAAUUGUCAUCAAAUCUCAUCAUCAAAAUGUGGUUAAUAUCUUUUUUCUUAUUGUUCAUUUAAUUUAAUUUGAAAUAUCUUACAAGGUGAUAAUGUUAGAACUCCUCAGUGGCUUGUGUUGUCUUACUAGCCCUUAAAUAUUCCCUUUUUUUAGUUGCUUUUAUCAGCCGCACUGCAACCUGCUGCAUAUUAGUAACACCUUACUAAUAAAUGUCAAAUGUUCAGGCAUACUGUAUCAACACGACACAUACAAAUUACUUAUAAUACUUAAAGUUUUGUAGAGCUUAAUGAGAAAAGUAUUUUUUUGAGCUGCAAUGUAUGCCAUUCUUACUUUUUUUCUUGCUGUAAUGUUGGAUUUCAAGCCUGCAUGCUCUGCUCUUUUGAUUAAUUAGGAUUUAUCAUGUGUCAUCUACAAUUUCAAUCGUACAAUUCACAUUAAAAUCUUUUGUACAAUUUAGGUUAAGCAUCAACAUAGCAGCAUUUAAAAGUUUUCUGUUAUGGUUUAAGUGAUAGGGCUUUUAGAGAAAUGAAGCUUUUCCUCAGACUGCAGCAUUUAAACACUGAAGCAUUUAAUUUUCAGGAGGUAUAAUUUAAUCUGUGCUUAGGCACUGUGAGAAUAUGGCAGCCACAACAUAUAAAAACUGUAAAUGUUACCUAGCUGUGUAAGUUUAUCCAGAAACUCACGUUUUUAAUUUAUUUCUCUCUUCUUGUACCUUAAAUGUCUUUUAGUUCUGUACUAAUAUCUAUUUUUAUACCUGUAUAAAGUAUCAGAGUAAUGACAUAUUUCUUCUAUCCUUGCAUGUUCAGUCAAAGGUUCCUCACUGUCCUGUGACACUUCAUUAGGUCUUUUAUUUCAAACACAUGAAGUGCAUACACUGCAUUUUUAAUCAAGUAUAAUUAAGUUUAAUCAUUUGACAUUCAGGUAAAAGUUAAGUUAUAAAAGGGAGAGGAUUGCUUCAGUAUUUUGAGUUCAGUCAAAACAGGUACAACUGAGUCAUCCUUUUAUUAUUGGCUUACAUAAAUUUUUCUCACAUUUGGAUCAACUGAACUAAAGAUGACUAACAGCCUCCCUGUGAUUUUAGCUAUGACAGGCUAUAAUCUUUCCCUGAAGAUGAUUUAAAUUCAAAUAUUUGUUACUCGGUUACAACAUUUGUUGUUGUACAGUCUAUCUACUCAGCCUCUUGUUUGAUCACAUCUGAACAAAUUGCAUGCUGCCCACGUCUCGCCUUUCUGGAACAAUCUGACAGAGUUUCCCAAAGACAUUUUUAAAAUUUAAAAGAUUUUUCCCAUUUGUUGAAUAUAAUGUAAUUGAAAGGUGCAACAAGGUGUAACAAAAGAAGGGAUGACUCAUCUCAUUGUCUGGAUCAAACUCAGACUAUUUACUGGCAGUAAUUAACAUUUAAAAUACUGUUGAAUUAAAACUUUGCAAAAUGAUACCAAUGUGAUUUUGUUUGGGGAACUUCAAUUUGUGUAAUAUCAAUAGCAAUGUUAUAAAAUAUAUUGUUUUUGUUUGUUUUCUGACUGUCCAUGUCUAAACUUGUAUUAUAAACUUGUAAGGUCCAUAUUUAAAAUGCUAGCAUAACUUUAUAUGAUAUCAAAGUUGCCAAAUGUCAGUAUAUCCUAUAAUAAGUUUAUAGUUUAUGAAGAUUUGAAAGUACACUUUAACUUGGUUUCUUGAUUACAAUUUUUUCCCCAUCAAAAAACAUUUUAGUUUUUCCUUUCAGAGGAGAGUUGACCUCUCUGUCCGUCCCUGUACAGUUCAGCAGCCUAUGAUGCAGUUUGUUUCAGCUGGUACAGAGUAUUUUUGUGUAAUGACAGCUUUAGCAAUACAAUAAAAAAACAAAUUUUG